AUGCCGGGCCUUAUUAGCACCUCCAGCUCGGAGUCCAGUCCGCCCACUACUCCUGGUGUUCACGCUGAGGCGGUACACAUUCCUGGUGAAUACACGAAGCUCAUUCUCUGCUUCGAUGGCACAGGAAACACGUUCAGUGGCACCAAUGCUGAUACGAAUGUUGUCAAGAUCUUGCGCAAGCUUGAUCGUAACCAUGAGAAGCAAUACCAUUACUAUCAGACUGGCAUCGGAACCUACGAUGUGAAUGAGACUUCAGCCCAGAAGACCAAGCUCGGCGAGAUCCGCAGCAGUAUCUCAAAGUCCAUCGAUCAAGGUUUCGGCACCACAUUUGACGCCCACAUCAUGGCCGGAUACCGCUUCCUGAUGCGAUACUAUGAACCUGAUGCCAGGAUCUACAUCUUCGGUUUCAGUCGCGGUGCUUAUACUGCCAAGUUCCUCGCACGUAUGAUCAACAAGGUUGGUCUUCUGUGCAAGGGUAAUGAGGAGAUGGUGCCAUUUGCGUACAGCCUCUACCAGCGUGCCCUCAAGUGCGAUAGCGAUGAUCGCAUGGCAGCCGAGAAGAAAAAGAAGAAGGACAAGAGCAAAAGCAAUGCAUCUCGGGAUUCUGCUCCGAAUGAUACCGAGCAUCCGGAUGAGAACACACCAUUUAUUGUGAGCACUGCGACAAACGGUACCAAUGGUUCCAACACGACCAACGGUGAGAGCGCAACCAAUGGUGCUAAGGAGCCUGAGACGCCAGUCAACACGAUCAUCAGUGGCGAUGUCGUGGAGAGUGACGCGACAAAAGCAGCGAAGAAGGAGGUGGAGGCCUUCAGCGAGACCUUUUGCCGAACUGCCGGAGGGACAAGUGCGAAGCACGCGAACAUCAAAGUCUUCUUCCUUGGUAUGUGGGACUGUGUCAACUCUGUUGCUGUCACUGAAGCAAAUGCGCCUGCUCCCGUUGAAGUAAGAGGAACUGCGACUUACAUUCGUCAUGCCGUUGCUGCCGAUGAGCGUCGCGUCAAGUUCAAGCCUGCUCUCCUGGCUCAGGAUAUUCGACAGCAAGUGCAAGAGGAUGACAUCCUCGAAAUGUGGUUUCCCGGAAACCAUGGCGACAUUGGUGGCGGAUGGCCCGCUAUGGCAGCAAAGUCACCAGACAAGAUGAGCCCUAUGGAGAGUCUAAAGUACAUCUUCAGUACUAUGAAGCCGUCAAACCUCAAGACCCCACUCGAAGAUGAUGCACUGCAGAUGAGCGACAUGGCUCUGGACUGGAUGAUCCGUGAGGUUGAACUAGUGGGCUCGGAGCAUCCUAAAUCUCAGGUUCGCUGGUGCCACAACAAGGAUUUGUUUAAGGCCAACAUGAAUACCAAGCCGCCCCCCAAUACUCCCAAUACCAAAUCUAAGGUGCAGGAAUUUGUCAUCGAGGGUUUCAUGCACGACACUCUCCGGUUUGGAUACGGAUCGUCAUUCUUCAAGGUUCUAAUGUGGAAGUUCAUGGAGCUACUCCCGUUCGUCCCCCGAUGGGAGCUCAAUGAUGAUGAUAAAGACGGAAACCAGGGCUGGGUGCAAUACCGCAAGUGGCCCAACCUCUUCGCCCCCCGAGACAUUCCCAGGGAGUCCCUUCUACACAAUUCCCUCAAGGAACGUCUCAAUGCCGAGGAACUGAACUACCGUCCGAAGAACAACCACGGAGGCUCUAGCAAGCCGUGUCUACUAUCUGACAAUGGGAAGGGUGCAGAAAUGGUCACGUGGGGCACGCCUAACCAUUCCCUGGGUGUCGAAUGGGCUGAACGACACCAGGCAUGGCAGCUUACAGCUGAUUUAGCUAAGCCGCAGUUGAACAAGAAGACUAAAUGA